UUCUGAUAACUACAGGAUUUCCAGGGCAGAGCCUUGGUCUCUGCUUAUCUAGCCCGGAUUCCCCCACAGGUCAGAGCAGCGUUGGGCGGGGCCAAGAUUGACUCCUACUGGGAGGAGCCGGGAUGCCGCUCCCGCGGUGAUGCAGAGGGGAAUUUGCUGACAGUCCCUUGCCAGGUGGAGCUGGCUUUACCAGGCCGCUAAAAAGAAGGAGGAGGACCCACCCGCAGUCUCCUCUCAGAAGUGAAAACGCUACUGGUUGAAUCUUGGAGAAGGGAGGAUGCAGCCCUGGAGCCUGAGCAGGGAAGUUGUAAUUUGUGACAAGGACAAAACUGACCAGCAAGUCCUUUGUGCUUCUUCUGUGACCACCUACCUCUCCUCCCUGAAGGCAAAUUCUGCCAGCAGCUUCUUACGCAUGCUUCAAGAGAAACUGGGCCCCAUCCAGGUCCCUUCCAGGCCAUAUGUUCUGGGUUUGACAUCACAAGGCCAAAUAAGCCCCUCUGCCUGGCUUCCUGACUAUCUCAUCUCCAUCAAAUAUUAGCAAAGCGUCCAGCUUUACCCAAGCAGCAGAGGAGCUGAGUGGAUGCUUCAGAUCUGACGUGGACCUUCCCUGGAGAGCUGCCUCAGUGUAGGGAGCAGUCCCAGAGUCUGACGAAGACCUUCUACCUGGUUGGGAGCCUCCGUGUGCCCAGGAUGUCUGCCCCUCCAGAGGUCCUGGGCCAGAAGUAUCGAAACAUGACGGUGAAUGAGUGUUUCCAGUCCCGGAGCACUGUCCUCCAGGGGCAGCCCUUUGGGGGAAUACCCACUGUGCUCAUACUCAACAUCAUCUUAUGGGUGUUCGUUGUCUUGCUUUACUCCUUCCUCCGGAAAGCUGCGUGGGACUACGGACGGCUGGCUCUGCUGAUACACAAUGACAGCCUGACCUCGCUGAUCUAUGGGGAGCAAAGUGAGAAGUCAUCUCCCUCAGAGGUUUCCUUGGAGGCGGAACGCAGGGACAGGGGCUUCUCUUCCUGGUUCUUCAACAGCCUAACCAUGAGGGACCGGGACCUGGUCAACAAGUGCGGGGAUGAUGCGCGCAUUUACAUCACGUUCCAGUAUCACCUCAUCAUCUAUGUGCUCAUCCUCUGCAUCCCCUCCCUGGGCAUCAUUUUGCCUAUUAACUACAUUGGAACUGUUCUAGACUGGAAUAGUCACUUUGGUCGGACCACCAUUGUCAAUGUCUCUACAGAGAGCAAGUUCCUGUGGCUGCAUAGCCUCUUCGCUUUCUUGUACUUCCUCAUCAACUUCGCCUUCAUGGGUCACCACUGCUUGGGAUUUGUGCCAAAGAAGAACCUCCAUUUCAUGAGGACACUGAUGAUCACCUAUGUGCCCACUGAAAUCCAGGAUCCCGAGAUCAUCAGCAAGCACUUCCAUGAGGCCUAUCCUGGGUGUGUGGUGACCAGAGUCCAUUUCUGCUAUGAUGUCAGGAACCUGAUUGACUUGGAUGAUCAAAGGCGCCAUGCCAUGCGGGGCAGGCUCUACUACACGGCCAAGGCUAAGAAGACAGGGAAGGUGAUGAUCAAGACACACCCCUGUUCCCGCCUGUGCUUCUGCAAAUGUUGGACCUGCUUCAAGGAGGUAGAUGCGGAGCAAUACUACAGUGAGCUGGAGGAGCAGCUGACAGACGAGUUCAAUGCCGAGCUCAAUCGUGUUCAAAUGAAGAGGCUUGACCUGAUCUUUGUCACCUUCCAGGAUGCUAGGACAGUGAGACGCAUCUAUGAUGAUUACAAGUGCAUCUAUUGUGGUAGACACCCCAAGCAGUCUUCAGUAACGACCACCAUCAAAAACUACCACUGGAGGGUUGUUCAGGCCCCUCACCCCAAAGACAUCAUCUGGAAACACCUGUCCAUCCGCCGCUUCAGUUGGUGGACUCGCUUUAUCGCCAUCAACACCUUCCUGUUCUUCCUUUUCUUCUUUCUCACCACACCUGCCAUCAUCAUCAACACCAUCGACAUGUACAAUGUCACCCGCCCCAUUGAGAAAUUGCAGACCCCAAUCGUGACUCAGUUCUUCCCCUCUGUACUGCUCUGGGCCUUCACUGUGAUAAUGCCUCUGCUGGUCUACUUAUCCGCCUUCCUAGAGGCCCACUGGACGAGAUCAACUCAGAACCUGUUCAUAGUGCACAAAUGCUACAUCUUCCUGGUGUUUAUGGUGGUCAUUCUGCCCUCCAUGGGGCUCACCAGUCUGCAUGUAUUUUUACGCUGGCUCUUUGACAUCUACUAUCUUGAACAUGCGACCAUCAGGUUCCAGUGCGUGUUCCUUCCAGACAACGGUGCAUUUUUUAUCAACUACGUGAUCACAGCAGCUCUGCUUGGCACAGGCAUGGAGCUGAUGCGACUGGGGUCACUCUGCACAUAUUGUACCCGCCUCUUCUUAUCCAGAUCAGAGCCAGAAAGAGUUCACAUCAGAAAGAACCAGGCCAUGGAUUUCCAAUUUGGAAGAGAGUAUGCAUGGAUGUUGAACGUCUUCAGCGUGGUGAUGGCAUAUAGCAUCACUUGCCCUAUAAUUGUCCCGUUUGGGCUGCUGUAUCUGUGCAUGAAGCACAUCACAGACCGCUAUAAUAUGUACUACUCUUACGCGCCCACCAAACUGAAUGCGCAGAUCCACAUGGCUGCCGUCUACCAGGCCAUUUUUGCCCCACUCUUGGGGCUCUUCUGGAUGCUCUUCUUCUCCAUCCUGCGAGUAGGUUCCUUCCACAGCAUCACUAUAUUCUCCAUGUCUUUCCUCAUCAUCUCCGUGAUCAUCGUCUUUGCUGGCAUCUUUCUGGGGAAGCUCCGGAUUGCCAAUCUGUAUGAGCCUGAAGAAGAAACAGAGACUGUGUUUGACGUGGAACCAAACAGCACAACCUCUACCCCCACCUCCCUUCUGUACGUGGCCACUGUGCUCCAGGAGCCAGAGCUGAACCUGACCCCCGCCUCCUCCCCAGCCCGGCACACCUAUGGCACCAUGAACAGCCAACCAGAAGAGGGAGAAGAAGAGAGCGGUCUGAGGGGCUUUGCAAGGGAGCUGGACUCAGCCCAGUUCCAGGAAGGGCUGGAAUUGGAGGGCCAGAGCCACUGAUUAGGACUCCAGUCAGGGGGCAAGGGGAGAGCCUGGAGGGGGGGGAAGCAGGAAGGAGCUCCCUCCCACAGACUUUUGGGGAGCUCCUGAUGGAGACAUCUGCCACCCUGUGGCCCUGUGAAGAGCCGAAUCUGCUGACCAGCCAGAAAGGGCAGGAUGGGGUGGAGGAGGCCCACACCAUGUUUCUGGGAGUGGGAUCUGAAGUCCAGGACACAAGAGACUGUCUGCUGUGUGUCUUGCUAGUGUCAAGCUGAUGCGAGUGUGCAUAUGGGAAAAGGUAGCCCACUGACAGCUUCCUGGGGCAAGGGGGUUCACCAUCCCCUACCCCACUCCAGCUGCCCAUCAAGGAUUGCUCCAGACCCCCAUCCUCCACUGCCGUCUGAGCAGAAAAAGGUAUGUGGACUAGGCCUUGUGUGCAAGGCACCGGUGGCUGUGUCAUCACAGGUUUCCCUACAGAGCAUCUAGAAACUCUGUACCUCACCCUCUGAACACAGAGCAGCUGGGACAAACCUGGAAAGUGACUGAGGCCUCUGUUUCUCUGCUCUGCUAUCUAUUUAUAAUGGUAGCUGGGACAGCUACUCAGGCUCACUAAAGAAGAUCUUCAUGCAUGUGGUAAAGGAAACCAUGCCGAAUCCUUGCUGGUUGAUUUAAAGGUGUGUGUGUGUGUAUGUGUGUGUGUGUGUGUGUGUGUGUGUGUGUGUUUAGGGGUGGCAUUGAGUUAAGGAAACAAGGUGUUCUCUCCAAAACUGGGCCAUGGAAAUCAGACACACUUCUCUCAGUCCCAAGGAUAAAUGAAAAGAUCCCCAGAGCUUAGAGGCAGCCACCAAGACAUCCUCUGCCCCAUGUUAUAUGAGUGCUGUGCCCUGGCGUGGCCAAGAGUGGUGACAGCUCAGGCUGCAAACUGAAGACACUGGCCAUCCCCUACCCACAGAAAGACUCUUCUCUUUCAAGCUGCCCUGCCUGGCCUCUAGUAUGAUACUGGCUCAGGAGUUACAGAUGCUUCGCACAGUGGUGGUAUCAUCCCAGUCCCGCCAGGGUUACUCAGAGGAGGAGUGAUGGGUGGCACCCCCACAGACACAGAGAAGACCCUUCUGAUAGGCAAACCUCCGGCUGGAGGAGCAAGCCCCCCCUGAAAUGCUGGUGGCGCAGCACCUCUGCCCCCUUCUGAGGUGUUCCAACUUCUGCCUCUUAAGAUAAAGCAUUGUCAGGACUACCAUGAAGCCUGAGCCACCUGAACGGAGGGGUCUGGAGCCUCUGAAGCUCCUCCCCAGAUAUCUGGGUUCUUCCUUGCUGCCCAUUCACUGUAGGUGGGCCCAGGCUUAUUCAGCCCCAAUGUCUCCACCCAUGGCUGCCCUGAAAACAGAUCACUUGGCCUGGUCUCUGCUCCGUCUCUGUCACAACCCAGCCACAUAGGCAGUUCCAAGCUUCACUCCAGGGCAGAAAGAGUGACUCUUUCCUGAGAGCUUGAGUCAGCUGGGAAAGAGGCUACCUCCAGUCCUUGUCAAGCUUGGAAUAAGGGUAGAACUAUAUUAAGCCAGGCCCUUAGGACACUCCAGUCCCCCUGAGGCCCUCACCCCUAGGAUUUCAUCAACGAGGGGAAGGACUUCAUCGCUGAGUGGUCAGGCCCAACAUCUAGCUCUGCCCAAAGUGGGGAGUUACAGUUCCCCCGCCCCCCUGAAUGCAACCAGAGCCUAGAUCUGGGCCUUUACUCUGGGCACUGCUUGCUGGUACCUGCCCCAGAUCCCUGCAGCCCUGUCUGCUGCUGCUGGCCCUCCCUCCUGCCCUGACCCACUGUAGCCUGUACAAGGGGUCCUGUAGACAGCAGGGCAGGAUGGCUGGAGGGCCUUUCCCCUCUGGAUCUGGGUCAAAUGCAGCCUGGUUCUGAUGCCAAUGUUGGGCAAGUGAUAGAUCCCACUCUUGCUCUUCCAGGAGCUAUCCACCUGACUAGACCUCAAGUUUGCAAGAUCACUAGAGGCCCUCCUCAGCACUUGCUAUCCCAGCCCAUUGGUCAUUAUCCCACCCUGGCCCCAGACUCAGUCCAUCACUUUGAUCCCUUCUGGAGGGAGAUGCCUCCCAGGAGACCCAGAAUGACACAGAGCCUCCCUGGGGAGGUGGGGGUAGGGGGGGGGAACUCUUACUGGGCUUAGAGCAGCCUCACCCCUGCCUGCCUGUCCCCAAGCUGCCUCUGGAAGCAAAGUGCCUAUCAACAGCAUUGCAUCCUUGGAGGGGGGGGCGGGGCGCUGGAGGGGUGUGGACUAACCACAGCUACUACUACUAAAGGAAUGUGCCAGAACACUGAACCUUCUUGUUAUUAAUGUAUGACUGUGCCUUGAAUAAACAAGUCCUCCUAA